CGGGACCCCGGAGCUGCGCCCAGAAAAAUCAUUUUUCUUUUCUGGGAAGGUGAACAUUUGUAGCAUUGAUUUCCCGGAUCUGGUAACAUGGCAAAAGAUGCUGGUCUAAUUGAAGCCAACGGAGAACUCAAGGUCUUCAUAGACCAGAACCUUAGUUCCGGAAAAGGCGUGGUGUCCCUCGUGGCCGUUCACCCCUCCACCGUCAACCCGCUCGGGAAACAGCUCUUGCCAAAAACCUUUGGACAGUCCAAUGUCAGCAUUGCCCAGCAAGUGGUGAUUGGUAUGCCUCAGAGACCUGCAGCGUCAAACACCCUGGUGGUAGGAAGCUCACACACCCCCAGCACUCACUUUGCCUCUCAGAACCAGCCUUCUGAUUCCUCACCUCGGUCUGCAGGGAAGCGCAACAGGAAAGGAGAGAAUUGCAAGGGCCUGCGGCAUUUCUCCAUGAAGGUCUGCGAGAAGGUGCAGAGGAAAGGGACCACUUCCUACAACGAAGUGGCGGACGAGCUGGUCGCGGAGUUCAGUGCUGCCGACAACCACAUCUUACCAAACGAGUCAGUUUAUGACCAGAAAAACAUAAGACGGCGCGUCUAUGAUGCCUUAAACGUGCUGAUGGCCAUGAACAUCAUCUCCAAGGAGAAGAAGGAGAUUAAGUGGAUUGGUCUGCCCACCAACUCGGCUCAGGAAUGUCAGAACUUACAGGUGGAAAGACAGAGGAGACUUGAAAGAAUAAAGCAGAAACAGUCUCAACUUCAAGAACUUAUUCUACAGCAAAUUGCCUUCAAGAACCUGGUGCAGAGAAACCGGCACGCAGAGCAGCAGGCCAGCCAGCCGCCACCACCCAACUCGGUCAUCCACCUGCCCUUUAUCAUCGUCAACACCAGCAAGAAGACCGUCAUCGACUGUAGCAUCUCCAACGACAAACUCGAGUAUCUGUUUAAUUUUGACAACACAUUUGAAAUCCAAGGUGACAUAGAAGUGCUGAAGCGGAUGGGCAUGGCUUGCUGGCUGGAGUCCGGGAGCUGCUCUGCUGAAGACCUUAGAAUGGCCAGAAGUCUAGUCCCAAAGGCGCUGGAGCCGUAUGUGACAGAAAUGGCUCAGGGAACUGUUGGAGGCGUGUUCAUCACAGCGGCAGGUUCCACGUCUAAAGGCACGAGGUUCUCUGCCAGUGACCUGACCAACGGUGCAGAUGGGAUGCUGGCCACAAGCUCCAAGAGGUCUCAGUACAGCGGCUCCAGGGUGGAGACCCCGGUGUCCUACGUCGGGGAGGAGGACGAGGAGGAUGAUGACUUCAACGAGAAUGACAAGGACGACUGACGUCCUCCCCACUUCACAUUCAGCUUCAGGAAAACAUUUAGGGAAAAGAAACUUUUUUUUUUUAAUGUGGGUUUUCUGUCCUUUUGUCCUACUCCCAAGAAGAUAUUGGUAAGCUAUUUAAUUUAGAUAUGCACCUCUGAUAAGCAAGGAUUGUUUCCUGUAGGAUUAGGACGUGCUGUGGAUGUGUGUUUUGAUACCAGUGUGCUGAUGCAGAGCGUUUAUUUACUUUUUAGUAUUUUGUGUUUUCAUUUUAUAUUUUUCUUUAAGUGCAGAGUUCAUUUUUGCCCCUGAACAGUUUUGCUGAGUUUGCUGAAGAAAUUGUAUUUCAUCAACAUGCAUGAAAAUAAAACGCCCUCCUGUUGUGGAUGGUGA